AUGGGGUUUCAGAGAGUAUAUAUAACCACUGGAGUACUAUUGACUAUCUGGUUGCUAUGUCUGUCUCCGCGUGUUACUGUAUCGGGGGUAGAGGAAGUGCCCCUAGGAUCUGCGUCCCUGGCGUUCGUGUUUGAUAUAACAGGAUCUAUGUACGAUGAUUUGUUACAAGUUAUAGAUGGAGCUGCAAGGAUUUUAGAAACAGCUAAAAGCCGGAGAACUCAGCCUCUUUAUAAUUAUGUUUUAGUUCCAUUUCACGAUCCAGAAUAUCUUAAAUUGACGAGUCGUCAAUCGUGUAUAAUUCUGGACACACAUGGAUUUGAAGGCUUAAAUUUCGACGAUAUUGGGCCAGUGAUAGUGACGACCGAUUCUGAAGAAUUCCAGGAAGAGUUGAGAGAUUUAUAUGUACAGGGGGGUGGGGAUUGUCCAGAGAUGAGUGUGGGGGCUAUAAAAACAGCCCUAGAGGUCUCCUUACCGAACUCGUUUAUCUAUGUAUUUACUGACGCUAGGGCCAAGGAUUAUUACCUCACAGAAGACGUUUUAUCAUUGAUUCAACAAAAGCAGAGUCAGAUUACUGUAUUUCUUAAAAUCUGGAUUUUAUCUAAGUUAAGUUUUGGAGGAUAG